AACGACAAGUAGUUUCCUUGGAAAUAUCCGUAAAUCAGAAUUUAUCAUAUCCAGAGACGGCGAAGAAGAAGAAGAAGAUCAAAAACCAUGACGAGCCACCACGCGAUCGAAGUGACAAAGACGGUGCUAGAAGUAGCCGACGUGGCUUGGACCGCCGUUGAAACCUACCAUCACCACCACCACCACCAUGACGAGAAUCACGAGUCAACGAAUCCGAUUUCCGAUCCACGAGAUCGUGAAUUAGAAGCUCUUCGUCAAGAGAAUCGUCGUCUUAGGACUUUGCUUGAAGCGAAUCUAAAGCUUUUUGAGACUCUCGCUGAAUCUGCUGCGUUAUCUCACGAUUGCCCUAGCGACCUCUAUGCUCGGCUUGUAUCGAUGGUUACUUCGAAAGAUUUCUUGGCUAGAUUAGAGAAUCUAAGACAAGCUUUAUCUAAUGGAACUCAGAAUCAAUUUCCAUUCAAGGAACCAACAGAAGAUGAUGUGAAGACUGUUGAAGUUCUUAUAGAGAUGGAUCAUCAAGAGCCAAGUUGGUGGGUUUUGGUUACUGAUGAUAUGGUUCCUAGUAAUGUCGAGGAACAAAGUGCGAUCGAUAAUGAUCAUUACAUUGUUGUGAAUGAAGAACAUGUGAUUGAUGCUGUUGCUCACUUCUUGGCUAAAUGUAUCAUGUCAAAUCCCAAAGCUAAGAAUCUCAAACCUGACGAGCUUCAGAAACUUCUGGUCCAAGAAGUUACUGCUUUAAGCAAGGUUGGGAAGGUAGUGGAUAUAUGGCAUGCUGGGAAAAUGUUCUACACACUGUCCACUUGGGGACUUGCAUUUGGAGGGUUAUACCAAGCUCGUGGUGCGCUGAAGAUAGCUGCUAAGGGUGUUCAUGCGACCAGCAAGGUUGUUCUUAGGGCUCUCUGAAAGUUAUAAGAGGUCUAUCUAAUGCGAUGAAAGCGGAGAAGAUCUCCAACUAUCUUUGGGUUUGUCUUUACUGUGCGAGACUCUUUUUUAAAUUACUAGCAUUGCUUGUGUAAAUAGUGUAAAUAGGGUUUGAUCAAUGUUGUAUUUUAUAUUGAUUUCAAAUUCGACAUUUGUUCUUUGAUUCUCGUUUAUAAACACAGACAAUUUGU